UGGAUCAGAACAUCUGUGCUUUGCCACGUAAUUUGGAGCGCUGCACUCGGGGCAUAUUUUAGUGCGGUUUUUGUGAACUUUUCAAUGGGAGCGGGCCAGAGCAACCCUGUUCCCGGUGGCGGAACUGAGGGUUACCACAUUCUGAGGGUUCAAGAUAACUCUCCGGGCCAAAAAGCUGGGUUAGAAGCUUUUUUUGACUAUGUUGUGGCUGUAGGAUCUACCAGACUGAACCAGGAUAAUGAUACACUAAAAGACAUACUGAAGUCUUCAGUAGAGAAACCUCUACGAAUGACAGUCUACUCCUCAAAGACGCAACGCGUUCGAGAAGUACAAAUAGUGCCAUCGACUUUAUGGGGAGGACAGGGUCUGCUCGGCGUCUCCAUUCGAUUUUGUUCUUUUGAAGGAGCUAAUGAAAUUGUUUGGCAUGUACUGGAUGUCACUCCUGGCUCGCCGGCUGACCUCGCUGGCUUGCGAUCGAAUACCGAUUUUAUUAUUGGUGCGGAUUCCAUCCUGCACGAGCCGGAAGACCUAUUUACGCUAAUCGAUGCACAUGAAGGCCGCGCACUCAAACUGUACGUGUACAAUUCAGACACUGAUGCGUGUCGGGAGGUGGUCAUCACACCACAACGCGGAUGGGGUGGCGACGGGAGUCUCGGAUGUGGAAUAGGCUAUGGACUCUUGCAUCGGAUCCCGAUCCGAGAUGACCCCAUGAGCGAGGAGAAGCGACCGCAACUUACUACCACUGGGGAGGCAAGUUACAUUAACCCGUCAGGAGCUCAACAGUUGACGCAGGCGCAACUAGAGUUGGAACAAUAUAAUCGUGGUCACAUGGGUCAGGAUCAUCCCCAGCAGCCUGUCAUGCUGCCCUCACAGACGUACCAGAGUGUGGGAGUUCCACCGGGUACAAAACAAGCUCCUAUAGUGAACCCCUUAAUGCAGCAGUUUGACGGGAUGUCGCUAAAAAGUCCGCCUUCGCCUCCGGUUCCCGUGCCGAUUACUACCGAUGGGCAGCAAAUACCGCCCCCAGGACCAGCCCCUCCAGCUCCGAUUCCACCGUUAGCUGUUUCUCAGUCUUUGACGAUGGCACCGAACUCCACUGCCUCGGCCCUCUUCCAGACUUCAGCACCUCCUACUAACGGGCAGCUCAUACCUAAUUUUGUCUCUGCUGCAGCCAUUCCACCGCUCCCCCAACAGCAACAACAACUUCCUUUACAGAGUAGUACCGACAUGACUGGGGCUGUUAGUGGGACGACACCUGUCAUCCCACCAUUGAUACCAUCAUCUCAGCAGGUUCCGUUCCAAGGUAUUCCGCCAAGUUCCGUUGCAUCUGGAACAAUCUCGCAGGGCGCUGCGCCAUACCACAACCCCAUCGAAACUAAUCGGACGUUUACGCCGCAAAACGUUUUAGACAGUUUCAACAUUACAACGCCAGCCCAGGAGUCGGCGCAGUCCCUUGGAGCAGGUGGUGACCUAGGGCAGAUUCCGACGGCGAUUCCAACGGCUCAAAAAUCCAUUGGACCACCUACGGCCACCCCCUUGUUUGAUAACGCCGUCAGAUCGAUUUCCAUAGAUAUGUCCGCUUUCCAGCCAACCGCGGUCACUACGCCGUUGUCAUUACCCGGUAUGCCACCUAUCACAGUAUCGGCCACUCUACCUGCUGCUACGUUCCAGCAGGUAUUUAGUAGGACCUCUCCCCCAGCCGGUACGGUUCUUCCUCAAACAGCACUCGAAGAUAAUUCUGGCGCGGUCCCCUCUCGGGAAACUGAACAGUUAACCCAACUCUCGCCACCAGCGUCUCAGCCACCGAUGUCAGCGCCCCAGCACAUGUAGCCCGGAAAAGCAAAAGGCUUGAUCUCUUUACAGGACCGUGCUUUUUGAACAAUAAUGUAAUCCGAACGAAAAUGUGUAACACUAUUCGCAACUGCAAUAAUACGAAACUACAAUAAUACGAAUGCACGGCGAAACGCGGUUUAGUGGAGAUUUGGCGUUCGUUCAAUGGACUUGCUAUUAUUAACGUUUAUUUGGGCUGAAAGAAAAUGGCAAUGGUGAUUAAAACCUAAGUAUGAAGUCAAUCAUAAGGCAAAUACGCACGGAAGGCAAAUACGCAGGGCAGAUACAGUGCGGUUAAUGGUCUUUUUAUUAAAAGAGUUUUAUAGCUCGCUGAAAAAACAAGAGACCCUUCAACUUCAAGAACAAAUGUUAAAUUAGCACAGACUUUAACGAUCUGGGUUUUUCUCAUCCCAUUGAACUAUGGAGAAAGAAUCAAGGACAGACUGGGCACAUAUGUUGUAUAAUCUAAUGUCAGUUUCUGUUGUUGCAGUGCGUAUUCAUUUAACAUAUAGAUUAUAAGAUUGAAGCGCUUGAUCAGAGUAAAAUCCUAUUUCUUGGGAUUUGUGUAUAGGCGCAGUGGGUAGUCCCCGGGGAGCGCAACAAGCAAGGUCUUCACGCAGGAAACAAGAUUUUUUCGCGCAGGGACUGAGUGAAAGAAAAUGUAAAUUAGAAAUUGUUGAAACAAAAAAUUAGAGAAGACAUUUAAUGAAUUGCUGGAAACUUGAUAUCUAAACAUCGCACCCUACCAUGAAAUAUUAAUAUCUGCAAUGCAAGUGAAAAAAGCUGAGUUUUAAACGCAGCGUGCAAAAGCAACCAUAAUUCAGCCUUUAACUAUUCUUGGCUAUACAUUUGUUUAUGUUCAAUGUUAAAUUUUUUUAGGUAACCUUCGAAAAUGAAAGAGAGAUAUAAUGGCAUUGUUUUUUAUCGAGAACAACAUUGUUAAUCUAAAGGUCUGAGAGGUACUGAAGGCUACUCACAGUCCAAGCUCUCCAGAACGGAGGAAAAUAAAGUCUGAAUUCUGAAACGGACAUAGAUAAAAAAUUUAAAAUCGAUAAAAGAAAGUCUACUCACGACACAGGGGAGAACGGCUGGAAAGCAUCGUUUUAUAUUUAAUCAUAGGAAUAUUCUUGAGUCGCAUAAUCCCAACCAGAAUUUGCGAAACUGAGGGAAAGGUGACGAAGGAGUGAGUAUUCAGAGACAGGCUAAACAAGGGCGACAAUAAAUAGGACGACUAGACGCAGAACAACUUGAAGGACAUAGCCAGGAAGUGAGAAUAUAAUGUAAAUAAUUAUCAAACAUAAUAAAUGCGCUAUUUAAGGCCCGUGUUUUUAUUUGAUUAAAAGUUUGAUUGUCAGCUAAUGGAGUGUAAAUAUUUGGUUUUUAAACACGGGCUCCGCUUCAUAUCCUACCAAAACAAAGUAUUUGUUAUCUGUUGUAGGUCGCGGUGGGGAACUCUCCAGUCUCGAGUCAGUCUUCAUGGUAAAAUUCUUACCACUAAAAAAGGUUUGCCUGACUAGUAAGGUUAACUAAUAAUAAUAUCAUUCGUACGAAUUGUUUAGCAUAUACAAGUCGUUCGCAUGACAAACGGCAUUUGUGAGCUAACACACUAAGACAACAAGAGCUUUUUGAUAGUACAGUUUUCAGAUGUCCGUUCACGACGCUGGUGGCUAAAUCAAAUGGGCACCUUUUAGACCUUAUGAGGUUCUUUUAGUUGUCUAUAGAUAUAGUGUUGCGAAUUCCUAUUUUUAAAUCUCAAUAGAUAAUUGCUGAGAAUAAAGAUCAUUGACUCCUUGUAUUCUAAACGUUGCCACAGCCACGAAUCUACCAGAUUCGUUAUCAGUAAUUUAAAUAAUCAAUCAAUCAAACUUAUUCACCUUCAUCAGAUAGCGUUUCACCUUUAUCAGGUAGCGUUCAACAAGUAAAUAAAGUAACAGGACAUCUUAUACAAGUUCAUAUACAUAUAUGCGUGCUUUCUAAUCCAAUAUAUGUAUGUGUGAUAGAUUUAUAGGGUUUUCUGUUCACUAUACAGGUUUUUGUUGACUUGUUCGACUCACUACUUAAGCCACAAUAUGAACACAGUUGUAUGUUUCCAUCACAUCUGGUACAUGUGAAAUAGAUUUAUAGGGUUUUCUAUUCCUUACCUUAGAAGACCAAGACCGAUUCCAACUUAGGCAUACUUUUUUUAAGAAACGCAUUCAGUUUUCUGGGCUGUGGGCCUUUCGUUUUAGAAGUUUUCUUUUUUGUUGUUAUUGCAUUGGAUUUUUUUGGUUGAUUUUUUGCUCUAUAAAAUUUUUUUUAGACUGUGCGCUCUUUUCGUGAUCAUUCUUUUCGGAUUCUUCAGUAUCGUUGCUAACAACAUGAGGAAUUUCCUUUACAAAAACAUCCCUCGGCUUUGACUCGGCCCCGACUUCGUUUAUAUUUUCCUUGAAUGGAACUUCUGAGCAUGGUUCAAUCUUGAUGUUUUCAGUGGCGGUCCAUCGUCCUUGGUUUUGGUGUUAUUUCAGGGCAAUCGAUGAGUUAACGAUCCUGGAACAAGUACUUUAUUGUCCUCUUUAUCUAGGUGCACCUUAACCAUCGGAUUCUUCAAAUGCGCUUUAAAUGUUCACCCUUUGCGUUUAUUUUUUGUGUUGUGGCUACUUACCGCAAGCGCCUCACAUUCAUCCCUCUUACUUACGGCUGAUAAUAAUUCUGAGGUUUGAUGGACGAGUCUAGGUCUUCCGAUUAUUCAGAACCUUUAGGGCAAGCUUUUUGUUGGUACUUAAGUCAUCGGAGUCACACGUCUGUGACUCCUGUGAAGGAUUUUCGUUGUCCGAACUUUUUUUUUCCGUCUGAUCGUCGGCAGUAAGACUCCCUGGUGAGUCCGCUUUAGUUCUUAUAGUAUGAUUGUCAGAAUCUACUGAAGUGAGGACUAUCGGGUCUUUCAGUCGGCUUUCUUUACAACAGUUCUUUUUUGCUUUAGCUUUUUCAAAUUGCUUUAAUAAAAUAUUGGCUUCUUUGGCGUGUCUCUUUCUAUCCACGGUUUGGGUAUUUGAAGUACUGCUUGAGCGUGCUGGGGAUGCUGUUACCACUGCUGUUUUUUCGAAAUCACGAUCGCUCGCAACUUUCACUGGUUUUGUGCGUUGCAUAUUGGCAAACAUGUCCUCUAUAUGGCGAUCGGAAGAACCCCUCCAUUUUCUGACUUCCACUUUGACAUCAUCUAGUUGAAGCUUCGGCAGAAUUUCCCGACGAAAGCGUUUCCUAUGACCACCAUCACAUUGAAUGACAGGAUCUCCCCUUUGAGUUACAAGGUAGGCACAGAGUUUAUUCCGAUCUUCCAAUCGACCAGGGAGUUCUGUCUGGUACCCAUGAGUACUGUUGAUUCGGAGCUCACUGUUAUUUCUGUACUUCUGUGAUGUCCUCGUCAAAACAACGCAAAAUCCGUUUCCUGGUAGCUCGCCGGUUACAACAGAAAGUCCAGCCGCCAGCUGAUUAUCAUUUUUUAUCGUGUUUGGAUGUUGUUUCCGCGCAAACGCCAGUGAACUCACUGAUCUGACAUCGGACAUCUUUUACUAGUUCUUCGAGGGCAUAGGACGCAUUAAUAUCUGGCGGCAGG